UGGUCCUGUAAAAAAAUGCCACAGUUAACAGUAAUAAAACUUUCAGGUUUCUUGAGUUUUUUUUAUUUUUCUUCUGAAUCUGGUGUUUCGGAAAUUCUUUUACCUGCAGGAUUCAUUAGGUAGCAUUGAUUGAACGUCCGGCGAGCGCAAAAUGGGGAAGAUGAAGAAGAAGUUCGCCGCGGGAACGGCCACUCAAUACAUCUCCCGAUCGCAGGCGGUGAAACGCCUUCAAAUAUCCUUGAAAGACUUUAGGCGCCUGUGCAUCCUCAAGGGCGUCUAUCCUAACGAGCCGCGUAAUAAAAAGAAGGCCAACAAGGGAAGCACCGGCGUGAAGACCUUUUACUUCCUCAAGGACAUCCAGUAUCUGGCGCAUGAUCCCAUUAUUCAGAAAUUCCGCGAUUUUAAGGUUUUCAUCAAAAAGUUGAAAAAAGCAGAAGUUUAUAAGGAUGGCGAGUCGGCAGCCCGAUUGAAACGGAAUAAACCGGUUUAUAAAUUGGAUCAUAUUGUCAAGGAAAGGUAUCCAAGUUUUGUGGACGCCGUGAGAGACCUGGACGACUGCUUGUCCAUGUGCUUCUUGUUCGCCACAUUUCCCAAAUCGCGAAGCACACCGGAAAGAAUUGUCAGGCUAUGUCGCCGUUUAACCGUGGAGUUCAUGCACUACGUGAUGGCGGCCAAAGCGCUGCGGAAGGUGUUUGUGUCCAUCAAGGGCGUAUACUACCAGGCGGACAUCCAGGGCCAGACCGUCACUUGGAUAACACCGCACGCUCUGCCCAGCCACCAGCCAGCCGAUGUUGACUUCAAGAUCAUGCUGACCUUCACCGAAUUCUACGUCACCAUGCUGGGAUUCGUCAAUUUCCACUUGUUCACUCAGCUCAAUCUCAACUAUCCACCCAAGAUUGCGGGAGAGGACGAUGUCAAUCGUGCGGAUGAUCGGGAUUUGGUUAACGUUGAAGAAAACUUCAGAGAGCGUAUUUUUGCACUGAAUCAGACGCUUUUGAGUUCAGCGUCGGGCAUCGAAGACGAUGCCGCCUUGGACGAAUUCCCCGCCACAACGGAGACCGAUAUGGCUGCUGCGGAAGCGACCCGCAAGGAAUUCGAGAAGACCCGUAGACUUCAGAAACUGUUCGCCGGGAUGAAAUUCUUUCUUAACCGCGAAGUGCCGCGCGAAACCCUCGUGUUUGCGAUCAGAUCAUGUGGAGGGGAAUGCUCCUGGGAUCGCACGACGGCAUUCGGGGCGACAUUCGCGGAGGACGAUCAAACCAUUAAUUAUCAGAUUGUCGAUCGACCGGUGGAGCGUCGCCAGCAGGUGCUCAACGGACAUUACGUGCAGCCGCAGUGGGUGUUCGAUUCUAUCAACGCCCGCGAACUGUUGCCGGUGGAGCCAUACUUCGUUGGUCAGAAAUUGCCGCCUCACCUGUCACCUUUUGCCGAUAACUCCCGCUACCAGCCCAUCAAGGAGCCCAUCAUACUACCGGCGGCCACUCAGCGUCUGCCCGAUAUCGGACUGGAUGCCGGGGAAGAAAAGCCCAGCGAUUCGGAAGACGAAGAUGCCGACGACGAAACAUCCCCGAAGAAAUCCAAGGGCAAAAAGAAGCCACCGACCAACCAAGAAAAACCUGAGAUGGCGGUAAAACGCGGCAUAGCAAAGCGCGAGGAGGCUGAGCGGACGGCGCAGUUAGAGGCGGCGGAGGAGAAGAAGUUAUCGGUGAUGAUGAUGGGCAAAAAGCAACGGCAUCUCUACGAGAAGAUCAUGCACUCCAAGAAGCAGCAGAACAAAGAAGUCCGACGGCUGCAGGAGAAACGCAAAGCCAUUGAGCAGAAAACCGGCAAAAAAUAGAUGUGUGUGCAUUGUUGCUGCCAGAAAAUAUUCUUGUGGUUGUGUUUGCGAGAAUGCCUGAGAGCAAAAUUAAUUCUGGUGUUGUUUUUAAAUAAACUGAUAUAUCGA